AUGCUGUUCCCCUACCCCAGCACAAAGACUAACCCCCCCACCGCAUCCUCCUCCACCACCACCACCCCCGAUGCGGACGUCGACCCGCAAACCGCCGCGCUCAACUCGGCCCUCGAAACCCUCAUCGAGGUGUUCCCGCAUGUCGAGGUCGACGAGUUCCGCCACCUGCUCGAGACGCUCUCGGAGGAGUCGCGCCUCUUCGUCAUCACCGACAUGAUCCUGCGGCGCAACAAGGACGGCGGCGUGCCGCGCCGCCGCAUCGGCGCAAAGCUCGAGGGCUGGGAGAUGUUCCGCACGGCGGGGUAUCGGGAGGCGGCGAGGGCGUUGCUCAACAAAGAAUUCAAGGGCCUCUCCAAAUCCACCAUCAAGGCCGUCAUGGCCGAACACAACCACUCCUACCCGCACACGCGCCACACCCUCUCCACCAUCGCCACAAAGUCCUGGCGCUUCUCCCUCUCCUCCUUCUUCCGCGGCACCCGCCUCCCCACCGCCCCUCCCACGGCCCCGACCGGCAACCCCACCCUCGACGCCGAGCUCUUCGCGCUCGCCGCCCCCGCCCGCGACUCCCAGAUCGCCUCCGACCGCGCAAUGGCCCGCCUCCUCAACGAAGCCGAGCACGCCACCGCCGACGCCCUGGUCGAGUGCGAGUGCUGCUACGGCACCUACCCAUGGGACGAGACGGCCGUCUGCGCCGCCGACCCCGCCCACUUCUUCUGCCACGCCUGUCUGCUGCGCAGCGUGCAGGAGGGCCUCUACGGCCAGGGCCGCAACCUCGUCCCCGAAACCUGCAGCGUGCGCUGCCUCUCCUCGUCCGCGGACCCGCCGUGCGAGGCCUUCGUGGCGCCGGACCUCCUGCAGCGCGUCCUCCCCGAGGACGUCCUGCGCGCGCUCGAGGAGAAGACGGCCGCGGAGAGCCUCGACCGCUGCGGGCUCAGCCUCGUAAAGUGCCCGUUCUGCCCGUACGCGGAGGUGGCGGAGGAGGUGACGUGGCGCGUGCGGAGGGUGCUGGUUGGCACGGGGGGCGCGGUUGGUGCGGCGGUUGCGGCGGCGGUGGUGGCGCCGCGGGUGCUGGUCGGGGUGCUGCUGGGUGUCGUGUUGGCCGUUGGCCUGGCGCUGCAUGUGUUGCCGCAGUGUGGGGUCGUCGCGGCGACGGGGAGGGUGGCGAGGGCCGCGGGCAGGAUCGCAGCGCAGCACCGCGGGAAGUUGUUCCGGUGCGGGGCGCGCGCGCGCUGCGGCCGCGAGAGCUGCAUCGAGUGCGGGAAGGAGUGGCUGCCGUUUCAUAAGUGCUUCGAACAGGAGUCCGACAGCGUCCGCAUCUUUGUCGAGAAGGCCAUGGCCGACGCUGUCAAGCGCACUUGCCCCCGCUGCAACAUCUCCUUCAUCAAAUCCGACGGCUGCAACAAGCUCACCUGCCCCUGCGGAUACACCAUGUGCUACGUGUGCCGCGCCGACAUUGGCGCCGCGGGCUACACGCACUUCUGCCAGCACUUCCGGCAGGACCCGGGCACGGCGUGCGGCGAGUGCGACGCCUGCAACCUGUACGUGGCCGAGGACGAGGCGGGCGCCAUCCGGCGCGCGGCCGAGGCCGCCGAGCGCGAGUAUCUGCGCCGCUGGGGGCGCAGGGGCGCCGACAGCGGGUGGGUGUACCGCAGGGCCGAGAUGGGCGGGAGCGUGUUGGGGUCUGAGGUUAUGGCGGGCGUGAAGGAGGUGGAGGAGGAGGGUGGGGGGUGGGGGGACGUGCUGGAUGGGUGGGUGGGGAGGGUGCUGGAGGGGGUGCUGGAGGUCGAGGUGGAGGGGAGGUGGGUGGUUUCUUGUGAAUCUUCUUCGUUGUCGCUUUUUUGGGAGAGGCUGGUUGGCGCGGUGGUUGGGUUAUAG